GUCGUUGAAAAGAAACGGCGGACAGGUUUGAAAGGGAUUACCGUUUUUACCUUGCCGUUUUUACCUUGCCGUUUUUACCGUCCCGUUUGCAGGGUACUCAAGGUAAAUUUUGGAAAGGCCUAAGUUGCAGUCGCUUAACAGCUAUAACAGAAUAUAGAACUAUGAGUCAGAUAUUACAAGUUCACGCUUUCCUCGGACAUUCUUUCUCAAAGAAUGAGAACUUAAUUCCGGACUCUCUAAAACAUGAUUUAAUUCACCAACGAACCCAAAUCCCGUAUCAUAAUAUCCCAAUACAUAGAGAUGGUAUGACGGGGAAAGUAGUGGAUCCUGAUGUUAAUUUUAAACGGUCAUGUGCUACGGCUACAUCUUGUGGAAUAAAUACUGCCAACACUAGGGUUGAACCAACAAUUAUGAAAUCCAUCCAUGAAAUUAGUAAACAGGCUCUCCGUUCAACUAAGAUGGAGUUUAAUCUAUUGAGUUGUAUACGUAAAUCACCUGACUGUUCUGGUGAUUUACCAACUGUCCCUAGUAUAAUUGAUGAAUUAUUGAAAAUGGCUUCUGAGGAUGUGGUUCAGAAUUGGUGUUUUCCCAAGGGAUAUUUUCUUCGACUAACAGCUCAGAUAAGUGAAGCAGGAACUUUCUUACUACCCAAAAGAGAAACGAUCACGUUUCUUAAAAGACGAAUAAGGAGCUGCAAACCACGUGAAUCCUAUGCUACAAUAGAGGAUACUGUAACACCACUCCCGACCUUAACAAAAUUAAUUCAUAAUCCAGCAUUGCAUUGGGAUUUCGAGCUUGACACAUUUCAAAAACGUGCAAUUCUUUGUCUUGAAAACAACAAAACAGUAUUUGUUUCAGCACAUACAUCGUCUGGUAAAACGGUGAUUGCAGAAUACGCAUGCGCUAUUUGUUUACGCCGUGGUUCACGUGUCAUCUAUACAAGUCCAGUUAAAGCACUUUCCAAUCAGAAAUUUCAUGAUUUUAGGGAAAGAUUUGGUGAAAAUGUAGGACUAAUUACUGGGGAUAUCAAACUAGCUCAAGAAGCAUCACUACUUAUCAUGACCACUGAAAUAUUAUAUAAUAUGUUGUGCAAUGCAUCUGAGAUUAUCAAAAAUCUUGAAAUUGUAAUCUUGGACGAGGUACAUUAUAUUAAUAAUCCAGACAGAGGUUACGUAUGGGAACAGAUUAUGAUAAUGCUUCCUAAGCAUAUUCUACUAGUAAUGUUAAGCGCCACUGUACCAAAUAAUUAUGAAAUAGCUGAUUGGUUAGGACGUGUACGAGGUUGUGAGAUUCAUGUCAUCGCAACAGAUAAACGCCCUGUUCCACUGGAACAUUACCUAUAUACUGGCAUGACGGAACAAUAUACAUCCCACCUUCACCUUAUUGUAGACAAAGAUGGUCGCUUUAUAGAUUCAGGUUAUCAGGCAGCUGCUUUGUCGAAAAAUUUCGGAGGAUCAUCAUAUCGUACUCCUGCUUGUAGAGGGAAAGAUGCUUUCAUUAUGCAUACUAAAAAUACAUGGCUUGGAUUUGUUAAUUUACUAAAAGAACAAAAUCUUAUGCCUGCGAUAGCGUUUACAUUCUCCCGAUCAUCCGCUGAAACAUUAGCUAAAAAUCUAUCAUCAGUAGACUUAACAAGUAAAUCUGAAAAACAACGAAUUACGAAGUUUUUCUCUACAAUUACUGGUCGCUUAAGAAAAUGUGAUCGAAAACUUGCUUCAGUUAAAUUUCUUCAUGAUUUAACUAGAAGAGGACUAGCUGUUCAUCAUAGCGGGAUGUUACCUAUAUUAAAAGAAACGGUGGAACUUUUAUUUAGAGCUGGUUUAGUGAAAAUUCUUUUCGCUACAGAAACAGUUUCUACAGGAGUUAAUACACCUGCACGUUGUGUAGUCUUUACGUCGCUUGAAAAAUUUGAUGGUCAUAUUAGACGUUCUUUGGAUCCAAGUGAAUUUACUCAAAUGGCUGGUCGAGCAGGUCGUCGUGGUAUAGACGCCAAAGGUCUUGUAAUUAUUUUGGUUAGUACUAUUGGUAAAUCGUUAAAAUCAUCUGUCACUGGUCUACCGACUGAGAGUCUUUUGCGAAAUAUGAUACUUGGAAGACAAACAGAAUUAAUUUCAAGAUUCAGGGUAACGUAUUCUAUGAUUUUAAAUUUGCAUCGAUCAUCUUCACUAACUCCACAGGUAAUUUACCUCUUAGUAAUCCUUGUAUUUAACAUAAAUGCAUUCUCUUUUAAUCUUUUAAUCCGUUAAUAGUGUGUUCUCUGAUCUAGAUGGUUUAAUUCCGGAGCUAUCGUUGUCUCCAUGGCUGGACCACUUCAUUAGUGCUUACUGUUUUCACAUAAAUUAGUGUCACUUAAACCAUUUUGGUAUUCUAUCAUUCUAAUGAACUAUGUUUUUUGUUUGAUUUUCUGUUCAACUAAUCUUUAAAAUAAUAACUUACUGAUCCAUAUUGUCAAGCUGUCGAUAAACAUGUUUACACCUGUUUUCUGUCAAAUCAGUCCUACUAAACCACAACCUUUUAAGGUGUCUAGUUUAUGUUUUCGAAUUUACCACCUACGUAAUAAGGCUAGGUGGCACUGUUUACUUUUAACAGUGAACACAAGUAUAGGUUCGGUAACUAGGCCUUUAGUAUCAUAAUCCAAAUGCUCAAACUCAUGACUUUUCUUCUCCUACCUCUUCCACCAUAUAUGUGUGUUAAGUAAACUACUGUUUACGUGAUAAGUGAUCAAUUAUCCGUACAAAAUUUCUCAUCUGCAUUCAGUUUGCCAAAUCAAUACACUAGAUAUGCAGCUGAACCUUUUGUAUUAUUUUACAUCGUUUUUAGACUGAAUGUCACUUGAUGAUGAUAUAGAUGUUAUACAAGCCCAAAACACACCAUAAAUCGAAAAUGGUAAUUAAAUUGAAUUUUUUUUAGUUGGAAGUAUGACUAGUAGAUUUAUGACUGUCAGUAAUUUAACAAUGAAAAAAAUAAUCAUGUACCGUUUAGUGUAUCAAUAUUUGUCUAGUACAUUUCACUCGAUCCAUCGUAAGCGUACAGUUAACUCGACCGGAUUUAUGUUCUGUGAACAAAUAUGAAUAUCUGAACUUUGUCACUCAUUGUGAAUACAAAAUAAGGCCAAUAAUCAUAACUAAUUUAAGCUGAGUAGUUCAUAAAAUCUGUACAGUUUUUUGUUAUGAAAACACGAUAAAAAUAACGAAUUAGAAAUCAUGAUGCACUAAAUGGUUGUUUCAUUUUAGUUCUAGUCUUUUGCAAAGUGUGCAUUCACGUCCAUAAUGGAUAUCGAGCUCAGGAUCUUUAGGGUUUAAGACAAGUACUUAACCUUUAGACUUCUGCGUUAGCAUCCGAUGGUUUACACUUUAAAUUCAAUCAACUGGUGACAUUGCAAAUCAUCUAAUGUCGUCAGUUGGUAGUUGUCUCACAGUCAGUAUGUUUGAACUAUACUACUGGUUACGGCUUACCAAUCUAUAACUUCGGAAAUUAUCCUUCAAUUUCUAGUAGACAGAAAACAGAUGUCCAGUGCUUCUUAGUUCCCAGCGGUUGCAUAACUAAAGUCAGCUCGUAAAGUAAACUAUCAAAUCCAACAAUCUCCACAAACCACACACUAACAAUAACGAAAUUUAAGAUUUACUUUCAUCUACAGAAAUGCUAGUUUUCUCAAUAUUGUUGAGAAAAUAAGUGGAUCCACUCCAAUAAUCAAAGCAAUGGUGGGGCAGUUGGUGUUGUUACACGUUUACACAAUUUACUUUUUGAUAGAUGAAUUAUCCUAAUCUUUCCAGUCAUUUUGUCACAUUUAUAUGGUCAUGAGGAUGUGUUUACAAUGGUACGUAUGUGUCCAUACGGUUGGCUGGAAAGCCCUUCUCCAUUUUUCACUUGUUGUCUGUUUGAGUAAAUCAGUGCCUGGAAUAAACUCUUCCAACUCAAUUCGUGUUUGACUAUUGUAACCACCAUUACCCAAAUGAGGUUAGCCUAAGUGUGAUAUGUGUGGUACAACGGAAGAUUUAUAUUUUGUGCUCCAUUCAUCAUCAUCCAUUAUGAAGUCAGAUCGUGAGUACCAAAAUGAUAAUCAUCUAAUAGACUACCAUCUUUACUUGUCAAUGAGUUGACAAAAGAUGUGUUCAUAACACUAUUGACUUUUAUAAUAAGAUCUCGAGUAUUUCCCAUUUAUGUCCAUUACUUACUCAUCAGAUCAUGAGAGAUUUCUCAUUGCUUUCACUUAUUCUUAUUUCUUUCAGGACAUUAUGAAGCGUAGUUUUAUGGAAGCAGCAAGUCAUCGAUGGGAGACUAAACAAAGACAACAUUUAUCAGUAUUAAAUAAAAAGUUAAAUGAAACUACUAAAAUAAUUUCACAUAAUAAUAAUACUGAUAAUAAUAUUAGUAAUAUUAUCAUCCAGACAUCAACUAUUACGAUUUCAAAAUCCAUUGAGGGUACUAGUGAUUCGUUUAAAUCUCUGAUUGAUAGUCUUGAUGUACAGGUUAAAUGUCCACAUAAUGGAGUUGAAUGCUGUGAUUCUAUAGGUCAAUACUAUCAAGUUAGUUAAAAUGCCGAUUUACCAAUACAUUUUUAUUGCUUUUACACAUACGAUAAACUACGCACUAAUUUCUAUCAGUUUGAUAAGAUAAUAUGUUCGGUUGUACAGCGUUCAGUUCAAACACCAGUACACACAAGCUUCUGUAUGCGCGAGCUCAAUAGGUUGCUUCAGUGAGAAAACCAAGAUUGAGAAGAAAGUUUUACUGGUAUACAUGUAUAAUCAUAUAUAUAUAUAUAUAUAUACUGUCGAAUUCGAAUCAUUGUUUACAAAGAGUAAUUGUUAAAUAGGAUAGUUGGGUAGUGGUUAGCUGUAGAAUCCUCGAUAUGGGCUGGUUGGCAAAGAAAUGGUUAAUCAGCGUGCUCCAACAUAGUCCUGCAUGGGAAGUGAUUUAAUCCAGUCUAUGUCCCGCUAACAGAACUCGUUAGCUAGGCACAAGUGGGUCUGAGUGGUAAUAUAUUCGUAUUGUGCUACGAACCCGUUAUUAUAAACACUAAAUCGUUAUCCAUUAGGCGACUGAAUCUCUUGUAGUUACAAUCAAAAUCAAAGCAUCCAUUCAUGAACACACACACCAGCAGUAACUGAACAACAGAUUCCUAAAUAGCCAACAUAUUCAUUCAUAAGCAACAUGGAACCUGAGACAUGUGCAUCGGUCAAAGUUACCAUAGUGUAUCAGAGUAACGGAGUGGUAUAAUCAGUAACAAUCUCAAUCUAAUGUAAACUGUACACAUAUUUGUCUUAGCGUGGUGUGUGCUACUUGUACGGACAGAUAGCAGUAGUAUGUAUCAAGAUUUGGAAGUAGAAUUCUAAGUGACAGAAGAGGAAAAUGUGGGUAACAGAAAGAAAAGGAUAAGCAGUCCGAGCAGUAACAGGAAUAAAACAUCGACGAACCUUGCAAGAGACAAUUCAAGGAAUGUGUGCAAAUGAUGUAUUCGAUGUAUUGUUUUCAUAUAUUACAAAUGUAGUGUGUGAUUUUGCACUGUGCAGUAAAUUGGUAUAAUACCUAAGAAUUUGUUCAUUACCGAAGUAUCAAACAUCACGCAUAGGCGAUAUGAUUCCAGAAGAAAGAAUGAAUUUGCAGCAUAAAAAUUGUAGAAUUAUUAUGGAACUAGGUUUCAUGAGGGCUAAAUGGUAUGUGCACUUCUGGGACCGAUCCUGACCCGUCACUCAGUUUCUAACCAUUAACCUUAAGGAUUGCUCUUACUCCAAUCAAGUGGUUAAUUAAUCUUCACCUACAAACACGAAUAAGUCUAACAGCUAAUUACUUCAUUAAGUGAUGUCACAUCUGGGAAUUGCCACUUUUAGCCUUUCUCUAGAAUCAGUCAGGUGGAAAUAGGAGCCCUAAUAUAUAAUAGAAAAUCAAAGAUAUGAUAAAUAUUUUCUAUGCAAGUUUUCUCAGUUAUCGAUAAAGUUUAAUAAUAAUAAUACCAGUACAACUAAUACUAUUACUAAUGGUAAUAGUGUAAUAAUCAUACUGCUAACAAUAACAAGAAUAAAUAUUUAGUGACGAUAGUUAUGACUAGUGAUAACCGUAGCUUGUAAAACUUUUACAAUGUCAAUUUUGAUUUUUUGUAGACUGUUAUGUUUUGCCAAGUAUGUUCUAAUGUUUUACUUUUGAUUAGUAAAUUAAUUCAGGCUUUUGUUUUGAUAGACAGUAGUAGUUUUCUUAGUUGGUUUACCUUUUCACGAGAUUUACUGUUCAUUACAUAUGUGCAUAUAAAUGUUUUCAGUGUUGUAUGAUGAGUGUGUAUACACUGUCUAAAUGUUUUAUUUUGUUACACAGUUGUGUUACAAAUAUCGUCAACUAACAAAUUCAAUUAUUUCUACACUUGAUGUAAAAUAUGCGCAACGUUUACAGCAAAUUUUUUGUCCCGGUCGUUUAAUAUUACUCCAGUUAAUGGUAAACCAGUCUGUUUGGUUAGUACCAGCCGUUAUUAUAAAUUACCAUUGGAAAACAAAGAAUAAUGAUGCUGGAAAUCAAAUAAUGCUCAAUGUUAUUCUGUGGGAACUACCUGUUAAUUUACCGAAUUCGUUGACACUUAUCAAAAAACAGGAAGACGGACAGUCCUCAUCAGAAUUAGCAUUAGUAGUAUCUGGAAGUGAUACUGUCACAUCUGAACAAAUGAAUAAUAACAAGAAUACUAAUUACUAUGAAUAUGAUGAAAUUGAAGAGGAAAUUCUACGUAAUUCCAUUAAUGAAGGUAGAACGACAACAAUACCAGUUCCUCCACAUUUAAUGCCAGUUUUUGUGCCAUUUUCAUUAUGCGAUGGAUAUUCACGUUUAACACGUCAAUCAGUUCCGUUAAGUGAUUCGCUUGUGAGAAUCUGCGAUCAAAUUGUUACCUUCCAAGAUAUGAGAUACAAUCUAGUUGAUGACGAUAAUUCGAAAUUACCUUUGAGUACUUCAGAACUUUUAUUACAAAGCAUUAAACAACUAAUUAAUAUUCGGCGAAAAGAUGAUACUAAAUUGUUAUCUGUCGAUGUCAAUGAUCAUCAGCUUGAUCAACAUUUACAAGUUAUUAAUUUGGCACUUUUUAAUUGUGUAAAUUCAAUAGUACCACAAGAAUCAGCAUUAACAUCUGCGGUUUACUAUACUACUCUAAGAAAUACACCAAAACAAAUAGACUUUAAAAUGGAUUUAAACCUUGUAAUGGAUGACGAGGAUAUUUGCUUAUUUGAUGAAUAUUCCACGCUGAAUGAUCAAUUAACAAUUCCUCUUGCAAACGGCACGAUAACAGCAUUCAGUUCAACAAAUCUAUUGAAAUGUCCAAAUUUACUGCAACAUUUAAAACUUGUUCAUCAAACAAUUCGUCGGAAAUUUGCUAUUAAGAGUAUCGAAAAUAAUUUAGCCAAUUAUCAGUUACAACUUUCUAAUGAAUAUACAGGACGUUUGAGUGUUCUGAAAGAACUUGGAUUUAUUGAUUCGGCAACACAAAGCUAUUGCCUUAGUUUUAAAGGUAAGAUAUUUGCAAUGCCUAAAUAAUCAUGGUUUGGUUGAAGGUUUUUGUAAUGAUUAGUUUAAUUUGUAGAUUUUAUUUGUCACAGACUAAACUCACUAAAGGUACCAUUGAAAACCUGGAAACAGUGGACAACUGUUUCGUUUUAAUAUGCUACGCAUCUCCAUUGAGUACCCACGAACUUGCCAAAGAUCAAAACUCAGGGCCUUGGGAUUGUUCAAUUAACAUUUCACCAUCAGAAUCGCUGUAUUGGCACCAGUUGGUACAAUUUCUUGUUCAAUCCACAAUAUGGCGCGAUGAUAAUCCGUUACUUAUGGUGACAACUGUCACUUCCAACACGUUUGGACUCCACUAAUCACGACUUUUCACUAGGACUUCACUGACAUCUUGAAGAGGUUUUGUGGAGAAUGUUUUGAAUUCGUAAGUUCCAUUCCUUACGGAUUGAUCCUAGUUGAGAUAGCUAUCUGAUUUUCAGUAGUAUCUCAAAUGAGACCCUACUGUGACGAAAACGAGUCAUUCUUGAAUAAUAGUUUUAUCAUAAUGAUUUUAUUUAAAUUUUUAACGAAUAAGUAAAUAAAACUAAAGAUAGUCUCUAAUUUCUAAAGGUGUAACCUAAGUACUUUUUGUUUUCUCAAAAAAUGUAUUAUUUAUUGACAGAUGAAACAUCAGAGUGCAACCUAGAUUUUUGAUAAAUUUCCUUACACUUAGUUGUUUUUAAAAAUAGCAUAUUGAUUUGGCAGAGAAGAAAUAUUAAUAUUCACACGUAAAUUUAUAUUUGCUUUGAUUUUUCUACAGGAAUUAGGGAUUAAGUUCUGAACACUGAAAAACUGCUGAAUUUAAUCCAUAGAUUUCCACAAUUUACCAGGCAUUGUAUUUCAAAAGAAUUAUUAUGUGAGGACAGCCAACGAGUGAACUCGAGGAAGCUCUAAGAAGCUCAAAGAGAGCCGAAGAUGCUCCAUUCAAUCAUCUUUUGGAAGAAUAUUCCAGAAUCCCUACGUGGAGCUUCCCUAUUGGACAAAUGCUAAUAGCCCCCCUAUAAAUACCUGAAAGUUUUGAACCAUAAUUGACACUAUUUGGAAUAGCCUUCCUUUCACUUGAAAAAGAAGAACCAAGACAAAUCAGUGGCAACGGGGAUGAAAUAUCUUCGGCUGUUUCUGAGCUUCUUAGGGCUUCCUCGAGUCCUCAAACCUCCCCUCUUUAGAGUCUUGUGUAAGACGUUUUCCUUCGGUCCACCUGAAACUCGGUUACCGCAUUCCUCUUGCUGUUCACCACUCUCGAAGCCUGUACCGCUUUGGCCUUGCGCCUUUUAUUUCUUCCACAUUCGCGCUCCCGAGAUGAAUCCGCGAGCGAUUGAAACGGGGUCGGCUUUGUGUGAUCAAAGUUCUGCCGUUCCCUUGAAUUUGAUUUAUGUGUCUUAUACUCGUUCCGACAUUUCUCCGGACUAGGUACAGUACAUUUCCGAUCCGACGUUCUAUAACACCUGGUCCCUACUUUCUAUCAUCUUGAUACGAUUUGACAAAUACCCUUUCACCCACCUGAAAGCUACGAGUGACCGUACGAUGCUCAUUCAUGGGUUUACUUGGCUGCAGCAUUCUGUUAAGGACUGUCCAUAUUUUCCUUCCGAACAUACACUCGGCUGGUGACGUUCCUUCUGUUACUGCCGGAUUAGGGAUAACUCUGUAAGACGUUAGGAACUUACUGAUCACCUGUUCUGGGAUACCCUCCCUUCCUCCUUUGAACAGAGCUCUUUUUAUCGUACCCACGAAUCUUUCUGCUUGGUUAUUCGACUGAGGAUGGGACGGAGGAGAUUGUGGAUGCGAUAUUGCAUUUUCGCCACAAAAGUGUUUAAAAGCAGAUGACAUAAACUGAGUACCGUUUUCAGUCACUAAGAUCUCUAGGACCCCAAGACAAGCAAACAAUCCUGACAAUAUUCUUAUUGUACUCUCUGAUUUCGUUUUCGGCAUGUCAUAUACUUCUGGCCAUUUUGUGAAAGCAUCGACGACAACCAAGUAAUUUCUGCCUUGUAUUGGACCGGCGAAAUCAGCGUGUAUUUUUUGCCAAGGCCCGUCCGGUUUUGGCCAUGGUUGUGGUUCAGCUUUAGUCGGAUUCUCUGUGGCCUCUAGACAGGACCAACAACUGCGACAUUUUUGUUUUCUAUCAUGGUUGUGGAGAUUCAAUAGGUUGGUUAUUUUAAAUACGAAUAGAGCUUUGAAUUGGACGGAAAUUCGGACAUACUAAUUCCUGUAUUUCUGGAUACUUUACCAAACAAUAUGCGAUUUUAUUUAACAAAGCAAACAUAUGAGAAAUGUACUUUUAGGAGAUAUUUCUAAAAGAUUAGCAUUAACCCCCUGGGUAUUUUCGUUAUUUUCAUUGCUUUUUUCCAUACACUAUUAUUAUUAGUUGCUGAAAAAAAUAAACCCUGGUAUACCAGAACGAAGAUUGAAGGAAUAGUAACUAUCAGGACCAAUUUAUCGAUAAAUAUUAUAUUACAGUGUUAUUACGUAAUUUUUAAGUAACUAGACUACUUUGUCUAUAUACCCAUAAACAACUGUUGUACGACUUUCUAUUCGUGUUUAGUCUAUCACUUACGGUUUCCGCUAUCCACUACCACUUUUGGCUUUUUUUUUUUAUCCAUAAUUGUUAUUUUUCAUUUUAUAGUAUGGUGCGGCCGGGUGUGUCUAUAUAAACCACGUCUGUUUGGAAUAUAACUAUAGUUAAAGCUGGUUGAUGACUUUUGAACUCGGAGCAGCUAUUGAGAGAGAUGCUUGCGAAUCACAUACCAGUAGGAAACUAGAUAUCGGCUCAAAAUUAGUAGUACUGGUGAGGCCUAUAAUUGGGCAAAUCAGAGAUUUUUGAUUAUAGAGUAAAUAGUAAGCACGAAAUAGAUCAAAUCAGUAUUCUGAUUAGUGGAUUCCCAAGUGAUAUUUGUCAGCGGUCAACAAGACAACAAAUUGUUAUAUCCUUUUUUUCCUAGGUUUCUUUGCAUGUGAAUUAACAAGUAAGGAAGUUUUAUUGACACAACUUUUACUCGACGGUUUUAUUGACGAUUUAUUGGCCCCUGAUAUUGCAGCUGUUCUCUCAGCGUUUUCCAAUGAACUAAGAGCACAAGAUCUUACUCCAGAAAAGACAACUAGCUAUUAUCUUGAAGAAUUAAUUGUUUCAAUAAAUCGUACUGCUUCUACUACUACUACUACUACUAAUUAUACAAGCAAUUUUAAUCUUCAUAAGGAUUUGGAAUGUAUUCCUCGUCAUUUACUUUUAGUAUUCAAAAACGUUUUAACUCGUGCCUAUGAGGUGAGCUAAUUGCAUAUACACAUUUUCCAAUUAACUGAUAAAAUGGUUCAGCAGUGUUUCAGAAUAAGAUAAAUUGACUGACAACAUAAGGAUAUCUCAGUUGAAUUCCUAUAAACGUAUGAAACAUAAAUAUAGUUCAGUCAGACUCGAAUAAAUAUGAGUUCAAAUGUCGUAAUAUCUUCCAUCAGAGAAGUCCGAAUGAAUGGGAAACUCAAACGAUUUCUCCAAGUUUUGCUGUGGUUGAUAAAACUAUAGGGAGUCUAAAGCGAGGAAGAGCGGCAGGUUCUUUAAUGAUAGUGAUUCAGUUUAAGUAAUUGGACUGGCUAAUAUAUUAGCUAGAUUCUAAGACCUGGACAUAAUCUCAUUUGACUAGUUUCGAUCACUGAACAUCACCGUUUUAUAGGAAAGGAUAAAAUGCCUCUUGUGACAAUAUUUGAGAAAUCAGUUUGACUAGUGUACUGUCUAAAAUAUUAGUUCUAAUAAUUAUCAGACACUGAACUGAACCUCAUGCAUCUUCCAAACAAAGGGCGAGCUUACCACACAGCACAAUACUCUGUUCUAUUUUAUUGCUGUGACAUAUGGCUUUUGAGAAUAGAAGAUAUGAGUAGCAUAGUACAUUAAUACUCGACCAUGAGUGUCUUAGAAUCAUUGCUCGUGUACGAUGUGAUCACCGAGUGAAAAGUUGAGUAUAGACGCAGAGUACUGGAUAGUGAUGGCAAAUCGUUUGACGACGCAGUAAUUCUUCAUCGACUUAAGGCGGUCGAGGUAUGUAUUUUGUAUUCUUAACCGCUUUCUACCUCGAUAUGCGAUGUUGAUUGAUGUCGGAGUAGUUUGAAAGAAGUUUAGAAAGACUAGACCAUAAUGUGACGUCAGUUCAUGAAACCAUUGGACUGAGUCAUGUAGGUAAAUACAAAUUACUUGAUUUGCAUAAAUGCGAUUAUCGUAUCUAGUGGUUGGAGAUGUGGAUUUUAUAGAUAGAAUCGAUCCCAUAGUAUAUAUAUCGUAAUGUUUAUGCUUAUAUUCAUGAUUACAACUCUCCGGCAAUUUAGUAUUUUAUGACGCAGUAUGUUUUGCUAGGACCAAUCGUUUUGAAUCCCUUGUUUUUUUGUCGACUCUGAAGAGAUUUAUAACUACAGGUUGGUAUGAUCUAGGUUUAUAUACAACUGAAGACGAGCAUUGUUCUGUAUUUCCUCUUGUUCUACAGUUAACGUAAUUGUGGAUUGAAUUACAUAAUUUGAUAGUGUCACAUAACUAACAGAUAAUUAUAGACCAACAAAAAUAUAGCUAAGAUUCUAGAAAUUUUCAGUUUGAUAUUUUAGGAAUUAUUUUUAAAAGAAAAGAGAGCUGACGAUACUUUAAUGCAUCUGUCCAGUACGAAUCAACUGUUUCUAAUUAGUGAGAAUUUUCAUUUAAUCAAUCAUAAGCACAUAUGAGCAUCAGUCCAAGUUGUCAAACCAUAUCAGUACGACAAAACUGAAUUAUCAAGACGAACCGGAGAAAGAGAAGUAGUUAUAGAGUCAGUGGUAGGACAAAACAUUAUAGAUAUACAAUGUUUCUUGAAAAAUAUCUUGACGCGGUGGUCGGGCUUGUCUAUUGUGAUAAACCAAUCGAGCUAUACUCGCAAGAACAACCGUUCCUCAAGGUCCUACCACGUCAAACAGGUCAGUUGAAGACCGGUAAGACUGAAAGCAGCAAACUCGAAGUCGUACUUCUGACUGUACAGAGAUGUGACGGCAUUAAGGUGUUUCCUUCAGACAACCAGCGUAACAGCGAUGCUGCCUUUCCACAAGGAGGGGUGGGGUUAGAAUCGGUCGACCUUAAAAAUGCACACCUCGUCUUAUCACACGGAUUUCCGUCUCCGGCGGUACGGUUCCAAAAAGUACGAAGCUAGCAUGAAAAUUACUCACAAGAAAGUCUUGCGUGACCGGCCCCAAGCAGUAGCCCCUUGGGUACUGCGGUCACGCUCUCAGGUACCUCCAGAAGAACGCUUCCAUGGUGUGAGCAACCGGGAAGUGAUGACUGCCCUCAUAACUCUAGCAACACUCAAGAUCAUUAUAUUCAUGAUCAAUCUCCAUCUUCAAUUCCUAUUAUUUCUUCUACAUCGACCAAACCUCCUCUUUUGGUUUCCUCCUCAAGUGUCACCAUAGCCAACGAUUCUAGUGCGUAAAACAUUGUCCUAGGUCUACUGAAACCGCGCUCCAAACUACACAUUAGAGCCUUCAACGUACGCACCCUGUGUCAAAUUGCCCAGCAGGCGUCCUGGGCUAAAACCCUAGGAUCUCGUACCAUUGAUAUAUGCUGUGUCUCCGAAACACACAUACAGGAUCCUAGUGUGGUCAUUCACUUGACGUCAAAAAGGAUAGUCGAUGGGAUGCACUUUCCGUGUAUCUGGCGACGCGGUGGCUAGUUUUCGUGAACUGGCGGGUGUGACAUAGCACUAAGUACGAGGGCAGAACAAGGACUAUUGGAGUGGAUCCCCGUUAACAGUCGUCUAUAUGUUGUUCGGCUCAACAGCUCCGUUAGAACUCGGAAGGAUAGGGACACACAUCGUUGCCUUUUCGUUGUUUCUGCCUAUGGUCCCACUGAUUGCAGCCCGGAUGAAGUGAAAGAUGAGUUUUACAGGAAGCUUUCUGAACUUCUUUAUAAUUCUGAACGCUCAGACAUAGUACUCGUAGCAGCUAGCUCAGAUGAAUUGGCUCCAGAGAUCUUUAAGUAUGGUGGUUCAAUUUUAGCGAUUAGGUUGACUGAUAUUUUAGCUAAAAUCUGGGAGUUUGACGUAAUCCCAUGUGGCUGGUCACAAUCACUUAUCGUCCCAAUAUAUAAGAAAGGGUCAAAAUCAUCCAGUGACAACCAUAGAGGGAUUAGUUUGACUAAUACAGCAUGUAAAAUAUUAGCGUCAAUAAUUAUCGAUCGUCUGACUAAGACUCGUGAACUGCAAACACGAGAAAAUCAGGCUGGCUUCAGACCUGGUCGUGGCUGCAUCGACCACGUAUUCACCAUUCGUCAGGUUCUAGAACACAAGCAUGCAAGCAGCAUUUGACUCUGUAAACCGAGAGGUUCUAUGGCAGUGUCUGUCAUUAAAAGGCGUACUUCAGAAGUACAUAAACCUUGUGAAGGCUCUUUACUCGAACACUAGUCGAGUCAGGGCCCUAGUACGGCCGAGAGUGGGGAGUGCCGCCCUCCCUCUCCAAACGCUCACACGUCCACGGGUAAACAACCUCUGUCGGGGAAGUCCUACUCACUGCCUUCUCGUGGCCGGGGUGUUGUUUACAAAAUUGAGCGCACUAAAAGCGAAUGUUCGGCGCUUUAACCGGGCCGGUGAGUCACCUAAGGGAAACCCUGAUCCUAAACCAAUAGUGCACAUGGGUCCAGUAUCCUGAGGGAAGAAAUAGCGUAUAAAGCUAUUAUUGGUCACCGGCUACCAUGGGACUGAAUCUCCUCACGAUGCUCCACUGCCUUAUGGAUCAGACCUUUAGGUCGAAGGCUCCGAGUGUGGCGCCCUAGGAAUACCACCUGCUUCAGUUUGGGCACCCGGGCAGUAUCACAGCCCACACACAAAUGAUGAACUAUCUGUAUUUACGGAAACUACUUUUCUUGCUUCCACUAACAAUCAAAUGAUUCAAAUUAUUAUUAUUAUUUACUACGUCAUUAUUCACCCUCUUUUAUUCCUACUCUGUCUAUACUAUUUUUUUCGACUUAUACAGCAGCUCGCCUAUGGUGGAAACUCCGUUCUGUCCAGUCACUGACUGGUCGAAAAUUGAAUGGCACCAUCGAAUACGAAUACUGAAGCAGAUUUUCUGAAACCACGUGUACCAUUCAAACUGGCUUCCUUCAACGUUCGCACACUUAUGCAGGUCGAACAACAGAUAGGACUGGGUGUGUCUUGGGAAAGUCUUAAUAUCAACGUCUGAUGUCUAACCGAGAUUCGUAUUCAAGACUAUGGUGAAGUACUACAAAUUCGCUCUCGACCUGUCGCUUCGAAAAGCUUGUUUUACGUGCGCUUAUCCGGGGACCCUGUGGCAUCUUCGUCUGGUCUUGCUCGCGUUGGUGUCGCACUAAGCGCUAGAGCUGAGGCAGCACUAAUCGAUUGGAUCCCCAUUAACAGUCGUUUAUGUGUUGUUAGAUUAGAAAGUUCCAUCAAAGUGAGAAGAAAUCGGCGUGAGAAACGAUAUCUUUUCGUCAUCUCCGCCUAUGCCCCGACAGAUUGUAGCCCGGAUGCAAUCAAGAAUGAAUUCUACCACCAUUUAUCUGUUAUUCUCCAGAAAGUGCGUUCGACAGAUAUUGUAGUACUAGCCGGAGACUUGAAUGCUCAGGUCGGGCGUCUAGGCAGAGAAGAGAGUCGUUUAGGUAGCCGAUGGAGACUGGUUGGUCGCGGGUCGAAUAACGGAGACCGUCUACUACAACUGUGCACGGACCACAACCUGUUUCUGGCUAGCACUAACUUUCGGCACAGUCAUCGCCGAUGUGCCACCUGGCGUCCUCCCACUGCAUCUCAAGCCUGGACUCAGAUUGAUCACAUCGCGAUCAGCUACCACUGGCGUGGUUGUGUACAAGACUACCGCUCCUUUUGGAAUACCUAUCUGGACUCUGACCAUGCCUUGAUCUGCGCCAAUCUUACCUUACUUUUCAGUGGCCAACGAAGUGACCGCCACCAACGGAUUGAUGUUAGCAAGCUGGUUGCAACUACUGUUGCUAGUAAGUAUCGAACCGAGCUAGCUUCUAGGCUAGCUACCAUUCCACCGAAAAGUAUAGAUGAGCAUCGGUUGCAAUUGCAUGACGCCAUGAAAAUGGCGGGUACAGUCAGUUGUGGGUUCGCGAAACGUCCCGCUUAUAAGCACUGGGUUUCUCGGGCUCCUUACAACUCAUUGAAGCCCGUCGGUUUACUCCGGGUGACCGUGAGUUCGACCACAAACGAAGGCUGUUACGUAAUGGAAUUAGGCAAAGCUUGCGUAAGGACCGAGAAGCAUGGUGGUCGGAGCGUGCUUAUGAGCUGGAAGCAGCAGCUGCGUCUGGUAACUACCGGAAGCUCUUCCAACUCAUCCGAGCCACUGGCAGCAAGAAGUCUGGUGUGAGCGAAAUAAUCUCUGAGGUUGACGGGAUGCCAAUCACUAACAUCCAACUCUUAAAGCGCUACGAAUCACCGGGCCCAGAUGACUUACCUCCGGCUCUUUUUAAAGAUGGUGGUGACUUUCUGGUUAAAUAACUGACAACGUUGUUUACAAAGGUUUGGGAGCUAGAGAGUGUUCCAACUUCAUGGAAAUGAGUCGAUAGUUGUUCCUAUCUUUAAAAACGGUUCACGUCGUUCCUGUAACAACUAUCAGGGGAUAAGUCUACAUCCGAUUGCUUCCAAAUUAUUGGCUUCUGUCAUACUUCGUAGGUUGUUCAAAACUAGAGGAAGAUUGACUCGCGAGGAGCAGGUUAGUUUUCGUUCUGGUCGAGGAUGUAUUGAUCAUAUCUUCACCCUCCACCAAAUGUUAGAGCACCGUCAUACUUAUCAAAAGCCAACAAUCGUAGUGUUUCUUGACAUCAGGGCUGCCUUCGAUUCAUUGGACAGGACUGUUCUCUGGGAUUGUCCAUGGAAGAAGGGUGUGCCCCUAAAUACGAACACCUCAGGCAGAGUGAGGGCAUACAACCACCUUUCUCCAUUGUUCCAUUCAAGCAGUGGGGUUAGGAAGGGUUGCCUAAUCUCACCAUUCCUCUUCAACUUUGCCAUCGAUGACAUUCUGGAAACAGCUCUGAUGGAUGUAAGUAAUGACAGUGUGGAUCUGUUGCCUGGAGAAAGACUUCUCGACCUUGAGUUUGCGGAUAAUAUUGUCUUACUGUGCGAUAAUUCCCAAGGCAUGCAAUCCGCACUUAAUCAGUUGGCAAUCAAUGUCCGUAGGUAUGGUAUGUGCUUUGCACCUUCGGAGUGCAAAGAACUUCUACAAGACUGGCAGGAUUCUAAUCCUGUACUCACCCUGGAUGGUGAGCAGAUAGAAGUAGUUGAGAAGUUCAUGUAUCUAGGUAGCUGCAUAAGUGCUGGUCGUGGUGUGAGUGAUGAGAUCAAUGCACGUAUAGUGAAAGCAAGAGCGGCUUAUGCCCAUCUCGGCCAUAUUUGGCGCCUUCGUGAUGUCUGGCUCUCUGCAAAAGUUCGGAUCUAAAACGCGUCGGUGAGAGCAGGUUUGCUCUAUGCUUGCGAAGCCUGGCCUCUCUGAGUUGAGGACGUUAGACGACUUUCUGUGUUUGAUCAUCGUUGUCUCCGAAGGAUUGCUGACAUCUAGUGGCAACACCAUGUUAGUAAUGGAGAGGUUCGGCAUCGUGUGUUCGGUCACAGACGAUAAUGCAAUCUUUGUCACCAUUUUAAACACCGACUUCGGUGGCUUGGACAUGUUCUACGAAUGUCGUCCCAGAGAAUUCCACAUCGUGCAUUAUUUGCCGACUCUGGGACUGGUUUGAAAAAGUGGAGAGGUGGUCAGUAUAUGACAUGGUGUCGUGGUAUGAAAGAAAGCUGCAAAGGACUGGCUUGUGUCGGUCCUUCACGACUCUCUGGUUGGGGUCCGAGAGAUGGUGCUAUACAAUGGCUAGAGACGUUAUCAGAUAUGCCGAUGCUGCUGUAACUUUCUUUUACUUUCUUCAUAAAAAGUGGUUGUAACAUCCUUAACUAAAAGAAUUAUUUCUGAUUGUAUCUUUCUGUUUCCCCUAUUAUUAUUACACUGUCAUACAUUAAUCUGUGGACGUCAUUGUUCUCUCAUUUUUUUUCUUAUACAUAACUUACAUUCUUGUUUUCUUCCCAUUAUCAUUGUUUUGUUUGGCGCAAAUCUAUCUGGUGCCCCCUUGUAACAAUAUUUGCGCGUUCAAGUAAAUGAAUAAUAUAAUGAAUAUGGCGAACUGUCACCUGAUUUUGCAACUUCACGUGGUUUCCGUCAAGGUUAUUCACCACCUCCAUUUUGUUCAACAACGUUAUCGUCGACUGAAUUUUCGUGCAUUGAUUUUCUACCAGGAGGUCCAUUUAUCGACUUAGAAUAGACAGAUGAUAUAGUCAUGUUUGGUGAAGACGCUGAUAAAAUGCAGUCUUUUGGUAGCACUGAGUAACAACGCCAGAAUGUUUGGGAUGCGUUUCCUCCUCUAAAUGCAAGUUGUUGCUUCAGGACUGGUCUGCGGCAACGCCUGAACUUAGGAUAGGGAGUGAAGUAUUCGAACGCGUCGACAACUGCACUUAUCUUGGAAGUCUGUUCGGCCCUAACGGUUUGGCAUCUGACGAGUUCUCGGCACGGAUUCAGAAUGUUCGUUUGGCUUUUGCCAACUCACACCAAUGGCGAAUGCGAGUUAUUCACCUAUCAAUUAAGGGACGAGUAUAUUGUGCGGCAGUUCGUUCUGUUUUACUUUAUGGCUGCGAAACGUGGCUAUUAAGAGUAGAAGAUACUCGUAAGCUACUAGUAUUUGACCAAAGAUGUCUUAGAAAUAUUGCUUGCAUCUGCUAUUAUCACCGGAUGAGUAAUGAUGAAUUAUACGCAGGGUAUUAGGGAAUGAUGGUAUCUCAGUUGAUGAUGCAUAUAUGUGCCUGGUCCUACGUUUGUAGCUGGCUGAUAUUUUAAGACAAACGUGAAUACACCUGCAUCUUAGCACUGUUAUCCGACAUCACUAACAACUGGUUAUGGUAAUUGUCGUGGAACCCAGUUAGGUAAUCUGAGUUUAACAACACAGUACAGUUCAACAGUCAACGACUUUGUAAACUGAGUCCAUGUUUGGGUUUUUUCACCUUCAGCUUUCUUCCGAAUGACUCCUACAUCAGCAAACUUUACUGAAUAGUGGUAAAUCAUGAUGUCAGUUGAAGGUAUACAACAGUGUAAUAGCUUAUAAGAUCAUUGGGACCAAAUCCUGUAUCAUGGUUUCGUGCUAGUUGGCACUCGUAAGGCUUACUUGUUGCAGUUUUCAUUUUAGCUUUGGCUCUAUAUAUAUUGUAUAUUAUAUAUAUGCGAAAACUUAUUUUGUAGCUGGAAACAUUACAACGACGUCAUAACUUAACUGACCCAUAUUUGGAAAGUCGACUCGAUCUACGUAUAGUUCCACUAGUUUAUAAAUGGGCUAAUGGUUAUUCAUUUUCUGCAACCAUAUCAAAAUGUGAUAUACCAGAAGGUUCAUUAAUUAAAAGUUUACUACAAUUGGAUGAAUUAAUUCGUCAUAUUUCUGGUGCAUGUCGUCAAUUUGGUAAUCACAUUUUAAGCUUGAAAAUAGAUGAAGCCAGAGACUUAAUUCAUCGUGAUAUUGUUUGUUCACCAAGUUUAUAUGUUUUACAAGAUAUAAAAUUAGCUAAAGAUGAUUGAAUUAUAUAAUUUUGUGCUUAUUUUUGCACUCAAAACUACAAUUUUCUUUUACUUUAACUUAAAAAGUUUUUUUUCCUAAAAAUACCGCUUUUCCAAAUCUUGUUUUAAGCGUUUCCUGUUUCGGUUUAUCACAUCAAAAUUACUUGUCAUAUGAUUUACGUUUUUCUGAAUGAUGCAAUCAUUACUACAUGUUAUGUCUUCUGGCCCUCUCAGUCUAUCACGUGGUAAUAUCGUCAGAUAGAAUACGUGUGUGGCCUUGACCAAUAACGCAUUAUGCUAGUACAAACAGCCUAGUCCUUCUCGUCUGAACCUGCCUGUUGAGUCCAGAACACCAAUGUCAGAUUCCGCUGUAUGAAUCAUAUAUUUCAGACAGGAAAACCAGACCACAUCAUACCAUAAAAUAGAAAAUAACAAUUAUACAAGAUCAUGUCCAAAAUUGGUUGUGAUUGUAAGAGACUGUAACUAAUAAAUUGGGAAUAACUUAAGAACAGUAAAUUGUAUAGUAGUAGUCAAUAGGUCAGUCAAAUGGGAACUUACAAUAAAAGGAAUAUGAAUAUACACAUAAUGUAGUUUACUUAAUGGUUACCCUAGCCGUUGCCACUCAUUUAUUCUUCGUUUGGCUAUAACACUAUUCAUUUGCUUAUUACAUAAUAUUGAUUAUCUUUAUAUUCUGAGACGAAAGGGGUAACACAGAUGGCCAGCCAACAUCGAUAGCCAACCAAAAAUGUGAAAGACGAAGCACCGAACCGUUGUUCAUAACUAAUUUUCGAUGUUUUUUAACAUUAUGAGCAGUUGGUUAGUGACUGGAUCAAAUAUAGAACAAUGCAGCUAAUUGGCUUUAAGUAUUUAAUCGUAUUCAAUUAGUCAUUUUCGUAUUCAAAUUUGCGUGAGGCAUACAAACUGAUCAUAAUAAUUUUGCCGCUCCCUUGUCAUAUUUGGUUACAGUUCAUUGGAUCUAGAACAGAAUAUUCAUUGAUCCGAUAUCUGCUAUCAGCAACGUGUUGCCUUCAUUUAAUUCCUCUUAGCAUACCACUUCAUCAAAAUUAUUUUAUACUUUCCUAUAAAAAGGUAUCUUAUAAGGCAUGCACUGAGGCAACAUACUCUACGUUUCAUAUGAGGAUGAACACCUAAAUACAACGUAUAAAAGCGAAAGAAUUCCCCUGUUGGGAUGUAACAAACGGAAAUCCAAGUGUAGAAGAUAUAGUACCAAUUAGCAUAAUAAUGCAGCAUUUUUUGUGCUUACUCACCGUAGUAUCUAUUAUUCGGUUCCACUAAGUAGAAUUAUUUUAUAGCGAUUGAGUGGCUUUAACGUUUGUGAACUAAACUAAAUGGGAUGAUACACUCUACUUCGCCGCUUGUCCAGAUUUUUUCCAAAUUACAAGUCAAUUUGAAUUGUGUGCAAAUAUACAGCCAUAAAACUUUACAUCAACAUCAGCCAUUUAGAACCUUAAAUGAUUCCUUUAAAUUUAUUUAGAAUGGACGUAUAUCUAAAUUAACGAAAUUUUAGUAGUGCUCUGCUACGUAUAAAUAAUACUUUUAUGUGUAGUACUUAAUAAAUGAACGGGAAAAUACUCGACACUGCAUACAUAUUGAAUAUUGAAAAACAUUUACAUAAUCUUUCCCAUUAUUGAUAUACACACAAUUCAAACAAAAC